AUAUAAAAAAAUCAUCACACAAAAACCCAACUGUUUCCUUCUUCUUCCACAAAUUUGAUCCUUUUUUCACAGACUUAGGGUUUGGAGCUCACUACUUCUCUAGAAGAAGAAGAAGAGGAGGAAAGUUAACAAUGGCUGAGCACUUGGCGUCCAUUUUUGGGACGGAGAAAGAUAGGGUUAACUGCCCCUUUUACUUUAAAAUUGGUGCUUGUCGCCAUGGAGAUAGGUGUUCUAGGCUACAUACCAAACCCAGUAUUAGCCCGACUCUUUUACUCUCCAAUAUGUAUCAGAGACCCGAUAUGAUUACUCCCGGCGUCGAUGCCCAAGGCCAGCCUAUCGACCCCCGCGAGAUGCAGAAACACUUCGAGGAGUUCUAUGAAGAUCUUUUUCAGGAGUUGAGCAAGUAUGGAGAAAUUGAAAGUCUAAACAUCUGUGACAACCUAGCUGACCACAUGGUGGGUAAUGUUUAUGUUCAAUUUAGAGAGGAAGAGCAUGCCGCUAAUGCACUUAGGAACCUCACUGGAAGAUUUUAUGCUGGGCGUCCCAUUAUUGUGGACUUCUCACCAGUGACAGACUUUCGUGAAGCCACUUGCAGGCAAUAUGAGGAGAAUACAUGCAACCGUGGUGGGUAUUGUAACUUUAUGCACUUGAAGAGGAUUAGUAGGGAAUUGCGUCGCGAGCUAUUUGGGAAAUCUCAUCGAAGGCACAGCCGCAGCCGAAGCAGGAGUCCUUAUCGGCACCACAGCUAUGAAGAACGCUCUCGUGGGAGUCGUGGUCAUAGCAGCAGAAGGCAUGAUGAUAGGGAUAACUACCAUGAAAGUCGCAGCAGGAGGCAUAGAAGUAUAAGCCCUGGCCAUAGAAGAGGGCGGAGUGGAAGCAGAAGCCCUGGCCAUAGAAGAAACCGAAGUCCAAUUAGAGAAGGGAGUGAGGAGAGACGAGCAAAGAUUGCACAAUGGAACAUGGAAAGAGAAGAGAAAGAAAAUGCCAAUGAUGUUGGUACCGAUGAAAGAAAAUAUGACGAUAAAAAGCAUGACAAUGACUAUAGGCAAAAUGGAGAGGAUGACUAUGACAACGAGAAGCAGCAGCAGCAGUCUCCUAGGAAGGAAGAAUAUGAAUACUGAUUUUUCUAGCUGCUAACGGUGGUGUGCAGGUUGACAAUUCUGUAAAGUGGAAUGUGAAUUGUAUUUUUUUUCUGUUUUUUUUCCUUCUGGGGGCAUUUUACUUGCAUGAUUGCAUUCCUGUCUUGCAUAAAUUUGAUUUUCCUACUUAGUUCAGCCAUUAUUUUUCCCUGCACUUGUAAAAUAUCUUUGCAUUAGGGGGUCUAAAACAAGCGGACUAGUUUCCUAAAACACUCUCUUUAGGAUUUGUGUAUUUGCAUCUUCUCUUAAGGGUUUGGCUGACAUUAAACUGAUUGAUUUCAUUGUCACUGUUCAUUUGAAUUGCAUAUUUCCUAUGAAUUAUCAAUUGAACUUUUCUUGGAAACGUUGCCCCCUUCUAUGAUUUUUUUUUUGUUUACAGUAAUUCGUUAACACCAUUUCCCAAAUGUCUUUUCUUCUCUUUUCUUAUCAUAUCUUUAAAGUUAAUUUUUUUGUUCGAUUCGUGUCUGCAUAGUUUACAGUAGUAGGGAUUGUGAUUACCGCACACCAAGGCUAGUGAAAGAUCGAAUCCUAUCUUUGGAUUUAGUUUUUGUGAGAUUUUUCCUUCUUCAAUUUUAAGGUUUUAGAAAUAAUCAUGAUCUUACAUUUUGUUUUACAAGUUUUGCAGGUUCAGGUAUCCCUGCUUCUCAGGUUCAAGCCAUGUUUUCAAUUGCAGCUUACCAUCGAAUUUGUUUACAGGUUGUUGGUGCAGCAUGUCAGGAAAUUGGAAUGCGCAGUUCAGCAGGUUAUCGAAAAAAAAAAUCUGGUUCUGGAAAGGCACCUUCAACGGUUGAUGGUCACCGAGCAGCCUGAGCUAUUCUUGUACACCAUUACCAUUAGCUUUAAUCCCUUGUGACGUUGCAGGUUAAGAUCAUCAGUUGAGUAGGUGUUUGAUGUUUAUGGACCCAAUUUAGUCUUAAAUUUUUAGGUCUUUGCCAGCAUUGGCCACUGACACUGUUUGCUAUUUUUAUCUGUUAUUAUUGUUGUUUCUGCAUAAGAGUUAUGAUAUUUGGAACUUAUCAUCAUUGUGUUGUAGAAUAGAACUCAUUCUAUUUAGAGUGGAAUUUUGUUUUUA